AUGUCAAUCAGCCUCAGUAUUCGUCGCCUGCCCCUCCAAGCUCGUAUCCACAGCACCAGCAGCAGUCCUACCCUCCUCAGCAGUACCCUCCUCAACAACAGCAACCCUACGGCCAGCCUGCCCCUGGUCCUUACGGACAAGCCCCUCCACCUUCUGGACCCCCACCUCCUCAGGCUGGUGGCCAGCUCCCCCUGGUUGGGUGCAGCAGUUUGA